CAAACUCCAUUUGCUUUCACACAUGCUCUCUCUCUCUCUCCCCCUCUGUUCAUCCUAUUCCUACCUCUAAAUUCUAAUGUCAUACAAACAUAGACAGUCUGUCAUCCUCUGAUCAAGUUUCUCUUUCUUUCUUCCACCGAAAGCCCCCUUUAUUAUAAUUUUUUCAUCACGAAUACGAAUAAAGCUAAACUCUUUUCAAACAUCAGAAUCCACUUUUCUUCUUACCCAAUCUCAUCUCUCUCUCUCUCCUCGAUCUUCGCAAAAAAGGAAAAAAAAUAAUACGACAGCAGCAAAGCAAUAAUGGGGUGCUUCAGUUUUCGCAGCUCCAAAAACCCUUCAUCUGCCAUGAAAGGAGCUCCUCUUGAAAGCGGUUACAACCCAGAAACACCCAAAAACAUCAGACACGAAAUCCUGCUUCAAAUCCCAGUAUGCAGAGUUCACUUGGUGGAAGCAGGGGAAGCUCUGGAGCUUGCCAAUGGCGACUUCAAGCUCACCAGAAUCUCAGACGAAAACGUCUCUCUCGCCACCAUUAUAAGUGUCGGAAACGAUCUUACUUGGCCUUUGACUAAAGACGAACCCGUCGUCAAGCUCGAUUCUCUCAACUAUCUUUUCUCCUUGCCCAUGACAGAUGGUGAACCUCCUCUCAGCUACGGCUUGUCGUUUCCUGACCAGUGUGGCGGCUUUUUGACCCCUCUCGACUCUUUCUUGAAGGAGAAUACCUGCUUUUCAGGCUUGACGACGCCUCAAACUCAAAAAAAAGGUCUUGACUGGAAGGAGUUUGCUCCCAGAGUUGAAAACUACAAUAAUUUUUUGGCUAAAGCAAUUGCUGGAGGGACUGGUCAUAUUGUGAAAGGGAUGUUCAAGUUAAGCAAUGCUUAUGCCAAUCAGGUACAAAAGGGAGGGGAGAUGACUCUAGCUAGUGGGGUUGAGGUGAAAAGCUCUGUCACAAAGAAAGAAAGUGGGAACAUUAACACAGCUGGUUCUGUAAAGAAAAGUUCUGGAGUCAACAAAGGCUUGAAACGAGCGAGAAAGAUGUCAAAGAUGACAGAGAGAUUAAGCAAAACAAUGCUCGAUGGAGUUGGUAUAGCCACGGGAGCUGUGAUGACACCCGUGUUAAAAUCUCAAGCAGGGAAAAAGUUCCUUACCAUGGUUCCGGGAGAGGUCAUCCUAGCCACACUUGAUGCAGUUAAUAAGGUCUUAGAUGCAGCUGAAGUAGCAGAAAAGCAAGCUCUUUCGGCCACUUCCUUUGCUGCAACAAGAAUGGUCAGCAACAGGUACGGAGAUGAGGCAGGGGAGGCCACUGCGGAUGCUCUUGCAACUGUUGGUCAUUGCGCUGGUACUGCCUGGAAUAUCUUCAAAAUAAGAAAAGCUCUUAAUCCAGCUUCAUCUGUCUCCACUGGAGUGUUGAAGAGGGCAGCAAAAAGUGCGACCAAAAUUUAAUGAUAGUAGUUUCUAACAUUAAUGGUAGUUCUAAUAAAAGAGACUUUGACUUAAAAUGGGCAUAACUUUAGUUUCGAUUGUGAAGAGAAAAUUGUUCCAAGUGAACCUGAAAGAAUUCUCUUGUGUAAUAUGUGCAAACCAUGGACAUGAUUAAAGGAGCUGUUGUUUGGAGUGCAAAAA